GCACACACAAGAACCCACGGAGCCAAUUCGAGGUCGGAACCUCAGCACAUGGUUCUGCAUCGUUCAGCAUCUCGACUGUUUGCUCCCAAGCCCAAGAGAGGCUGUGGAGCGACAAAUCUGCUUGGUUGGGCCGCGUCUUUGCGUGGCCAAGCCUCAGUCAGGUGACAUCUGGCCUUCGGCCUCAGACUUACAUACGUCGAAUACAGCCGCCUGUUGCAGCGGCGCCGUAGCCUCUGCGUUUGAGACCAUGCUGCGAUGGCCAGCGACGAGCCCAUCGAUCUUAACACCGGCAAAAUCAGGGAGUGGCGGUCCAUCGUGACGUUGAUUGUCUUCGUGCUCACCAGUAAGUCCACUUCGCAGACCCAUUGCCGCCCCCAACUUCGCUCUCGUCACGGGACAGAGGUCGUCUCAUGCACUCGGAAUGGACCGAGCUCGCACGCUUUUGUGGAGUGUGCAAUGUCCAAUCGACAUGUUCGUCCGUUCGAGCAACCAUGACCAGGUUACCCGCACUCUUCCACAGAUCUUGAGGCUAAACCGCACGAAUCCUAGAUCUCGUCAUCCUGUUCCCAUUCCAUGUACCCGUUUUCAUCCCACUCCCUCUGUGGAAGGCAUGUUUGCGGCUCGUCUAUGGGGCGCGCAUCAUUCCCCGGCCGCCGGCAGCCGACUCCGAGGAUGGCGGGAAAUGGUUCAAGACGCUGCGGUUUCCUAUUAACUUUGUCACCGCGCCGUUGAUAGCGGAUCUGUUCCUUCUCGCUAUCCUGGCAAUUGGUCGCAAAGAAGUCCACGAUGGAAUCAUUGGCUCCAAUCACAUCGUUCCGUACGAUAUCAUGAUCUUCUUCCUUUCACUGGCCUACAUUGCCAUAUCGGUGGACGCCUCCGGCUUGAUUCGAUGGCUGGCCUACAAGGUCCUACAGUGGGCGGGAGACGUCGGUCAUCGGCUCUUUUUCUACCUAUACGCGUUCUUCUUUGGCCUUGGAAGCUUUAUUGGAAACGACCCCAUCAUCCUGUCUGGGACAGCGUUCCUGGCCUACAUGACUCGAGUCUCCCAGAACAUUGAGCAGCCAACAGCGUGGAUUCACACCCAAUUCGCGAUCGCGAACAUUGCUUCCGCCAUUUUGGUCUCAUCGAACCCCACUAACCUUGUCCUCGCUGGAGCUUUUGACAUCAAGUUCCUUCAUUAUACCGCGAACAUCAUAAUUCCCGUCAUUUUCACGGUCAUCAUCUUGUUUCCUUUUCUCAUGUACAUCGUUUUCAACGACGAGACGCUUAUUCCAUCCUCAAUCAAGUUGCAUGAGCUUUCAGAGGCAGCCAAAGCUAGGCUUCAGUCUAAGCCCGUCAAUCCGAACAUUCCAAACGCACGCGGUACCGCCGAGGAGACGGAAAACGCCGAGAAUAGCGAGGAGGGGCAAGUUCUGUCUCUCGAAGAGAUUUUGCAUCCGUUUCUCGACAAGAGCGGAGCGGCUUUCAGUGCUUUCAUCAUGGCUGCUACUCUCGUUGCAAUUCUUGCCCUGAAUGCUGCAGCGCAAAGCAGCGGCGAGUAUCCCGUGUUCUAUGUCACCCUUCCGGCCGCGAUGAUUUGCUUUGGCUUCGAUCUGGUGUCCGGAUGGAUCAACAGGAAGGAGACGCGCGAAAUUGCGCAGAAGGGCCGACGGGACGUGGAGGAGGCAAAGGCACGUGCAAUCGUACUGGAGGAAAUGCGCACCUACUCGUUCGAAUCCAACGAGCAAAACUACGUGGUGUCGGACGAGCCGAAGCAGUUGGACGAUAUCGCGACGAGCGAGCUGGGACACCCAAGCACCCAAGCGCAGACGGACGAUCCGGAGAAAGUCUCUACCCGCGACUUCGAGCGUCGCGUUCAGGAAAAGCUGGCCGAGAUGAGGAGGCCGGAGGCGAAAACGCUCGUCUCGCAAAUGCGUCGCGCUUGGAGGUGGUGUCAGGAGACAUUCCCUACGUCUUCGGCUGUGCUUACCCAUCUGCCGUUCGCACUUGUACCCUUUGCGUUCUGCAUGUUCGUUCUCGUGCAAGCCCUCGUCACAAAGGGUUGGGUACAGGUUUUUGCGCAUGGAUGGGAUCAUUGGGUAAACAAGACCGGUACCGUCGGCAGCAUUGCUGGAAUGGGGUUCUUGUCUACAGUUCUCUGCAACUUUGCUGGAACGAAUAUUGGCACGACGAUCCUUCUGUCCCGCAUCGUUCAAACAUGGCAAGCCAUUCACGCACAGGCAGGCACCACGAUCAGCGACCGAACGUUCUGGGGCACCAUCUACAGCAUGGCUCUUGGGGUCAACUACGGUGCCUUCAGCGCGGCCUUUUCCGGUUCGUUAGCAGGGCUGCUCUGGAGAGACAUACUUGCGCGGAAGCACAUUCACGUGAGCGGCGUUCAAUUCGCUCGUCAGAACCUGCCCAUCAUUGCCAUCGCCAUGACGGUAGGAUGCGUCGUUCUUGUGAUUGAAAUCUACGUCAUCCGCGACAAUGCUCCAUACAACGCAUAGAGAUGAGGUAUACAUAUGUUCAUUUUUUUUUUCUUCUUCGAAAUUGCUGGGAUACCACAAAGACAGUGCGCAGCAACAUCAAAAAAAGCAUGUUUCCUGUACAAGUAAUCGAGCAACAAACUUUCAGCUAAGGGCCUGUUGCGCCUACGCAUCUGCUUAGAAUAUGCAGUUCAUACCAAGCUAGAGUCCAUGAUUUGGCCACUGCUGGCCGUUCUGUACGUAGUGUUCUACACAAAGAAAAAAAAAUUUCAUGUGACGGCACCCAAUCCUGAUCACGAACUACAAC